ACUGCCCGUCUGUCUGCCCAGCCUCCUUCCUUCCCAGCCGGAGAGGGCUGCUGCAGAGCCGGGUGAGGAGCCCACAUGUCCAGCUCAUACCUUCCAGGCCACGGCUCAGACCUUAUGUCCUGCAGAAGACACUCCUGGGCAUGACCCCACAGGAUCUCAGCGAGGAUGCCUCAAACAUAAAGCACCAGUCACCGGGCCCGCACGGAGACUCUGUGGAAAGUGAGAAACUCACAACCAAGGACCCACUAAGCAGAGACGAGAUGGAAAACCCACCAGAAAGAGGCUCCUGCCUACCCCUCCCCCCUCUCACCAGCUCCUCCCCAGAUGUCAGGCUGGACAGAAAGAGCCCUAGUCCCUCGACCUGCUGGCCCUGGCUUCCUCCGACCAUCAUCUCCAAGCAACUCCCCAUCUACAUUUGCCCAGUCUUUCCUGAGUACCCAGUUUUCCUGCCUCCCCCUUACCUAUUCACAUAUGGGGCCCUACCUUCAGCCCAAUGUCCGUACCUCUUCAUGCUGCCCCCAGACACCUCAUACCCCAUAGUGGCUGCCUCCAGCUUGCCUAUGACAGCCGAUGGAGCUGGGCCCCAUAUCACCCAGGAGAAGCCCCUGCUUCUCUACUCAGGGGCUUUCCAGAGUGCUGGACACACCCUAUACCCCCAGGUCAGGAGCCGGAGUUCUAGAGAUGCUUCAGCCUUCUCCCCGGGACGGGCUGGCGUGGCAGCUCCUGCAAAGCGGCCAGGCUCCCAGGCCGGUGUCGUAACCCUGCCCUACCCUCUGAAGAAAAAGAAUGGGAAAAUCCUAUACGAGUGCAAUGUGUGUGGCAAGAACUUUGGGCAGCUCUCCAACCUCAAGGUCCACCUGCGUGUGCACAGUGGAGAGCGUCCAUUUCAGUGUGCUCUGUGUCAGAAGAGCUUCACCCAGCUGGCCCACCUACAGAAGCACCACCUGGUACACACCGGGGAGCGGCCCCACCAGUGCCGGAUAUGCCACAAACGCUUCAGCAGCUCCAGCAACCUGAAGACCCACCUCCGCCUGCACUCAGGUGCCCAACCCCUUCAGUGCAACGGCUGUUCCAGCGGCUUCGCUCCGCGUGUCCAUCUGAAGCUGCACCAUAGGCUGCAGGCUCCUCAGCCCUGUAGCCUGGCCCACCCCCACCUGCCCCUCACCUCUCUCACCUGCCUUGCCCAGUGGCACCGAGGAGCACUAGCUUUCGUGGAGGACUCAUCGGGGAAGAUGGGCUGGGAUGUGGACAAGGUCAAGGUGUCCUCAGUGUUCCCGGGAAAGCAAGGGCAGCCAGCCUAAGCAGUGGGGCUAGGG